CUUUAUUCUUUGCCCAUUUGUUCCUUCAAGUCUCUUCGUUACUUUUGUUUUCACUCUCUAUCUCUCUCUCUAAGCUCAAGAUCUGGCCUCUCUCUCUCUCUCAUGGAGGUUGCUGUUUUCUUUGCCAAUCAAUUUCUUUAGGAUCUAAGAGAGAGAGCUGCUGAGAUUCAGAAAAGAAAUGGAGGUUUUGUGCUGAGGUUCAGAUGAUUGAAUAGGAAAUGGGGAAGAAGGGGGGUUGGUUUUCUGCUGUGAAGAAAGCAUUUGCUCCUGAAUCUAAGGAAAAGAAAGAUCAGAAAACCAACAAAUCAAAGAAAAGAUGGUUUGGGAAGCCAAAGAAAUUGGAGACAGUGACAUCUGCAGAGCCAGCUUCAUUCGAUGUGUCGAUUCUACCAAUUGAAGAGGUAAAAUUAGCAGAUGCAGAGAAUGAACAGAGCAAACAUGCUUACUCUGUUGCCAUUGCCACUGCAGUCGCUGCAGAGGCAGCCGUUGCAGCUGCUCAGGCUGCAGCGGAGGUCGUUCGGCUUACUACUAUCCCUCGAUACUCUGGGAAAUCAAAGGAAGAAAUAGCAGCCAUCAAGAUCCAGACUGCAUUCCGUGGCUAUUUGGCAAGGAGGGCCCUGCGGGCAUUAAGAGGGUUGGUGAGGCUAAAGUCAUUGAUACAAGGCCAAUCUGUUAAAAGACAAGCAACAACCACAUUAAGAUGUAUGCAGACUCUUGCUCGUGUGCAGUCACAGAUUCGUGCAAGAAGAAUUAGAAUGUCAGAGGAGAAUCAGGCUCUUCAGAGACAGCUCCAACAAAAACAUGAAAGAGAGCUUGAGAGAUUAACUACUUCUGCAAACUAUGAAUGGAAUGACAGUACCAAAUCAAAGGAGCAAAUUGAAGCCAGAUUAGCUAACAGGCAAGAAGCAGCAACAAGAAGAGAAAGGGCAUUGGCGUAUGCUUACUCUCAUCAGAAUUCAUGGAAGAGUUCUUCAAAAUCUGCAAACUCUACAUUCAUGGACCCGAACAAUCCCCGCUGGGGAUGGAGUUGGUUAGAACGAUGGAUGGCCGCUCGUCCAUGGGAAACUAAGAGCACCAUGGAUUAUCACGAUCGUGGCUCCGUCAAGAGCGUGAUCAGCCACACAACCUCGAUCGGAGACAUCGCCAAAGCUUACGCCCGUCGCGAUCUCAAUCUCGACAUCAUCAAGCAGUUUCCAAGGACUCCGACGAGCCAAAAAACAAGCCGAGCUCCGAGUCACCAAUCGCCAGCGACUCCUACGAAGGCAUAUUCGUCACUAUCUGCAGGGAGAAAAUUGAAGCCGGAUAGUCCAAGAGGAAUUGGGUGGAGCGGAGACGCGGAUUCCAGAAGCGCAUUGAGCAUCAAAUCGGAAAGGUACAGGCGACACAGCAUUGCUGGAUCAUCAGUGAGAGAUGAUGAAAGCUUCACGAGUUCACCGUCGGUUCCAAGCUACAUGGCAUCAACAGAAGCAGCGAGGGCUAGGUCCAGGUUGUCGAGCCCAAUGGGAACAGAGAAGACGGCAGGAACUCCGGGGAGUGUGGGAGCAAAGAAACGGCUGUCAUUCCCAGGGUCGCCGGCGAACUCAAGGAGGCACUCUGGUCCGCCGAAACUAGAGGCUAGUCCGAUCAAGAAUGUUGGAGAGAGAGAAUUCACCGGCGAGAGCAGAUAGUGGAAGAAGAUGGAUUUGGUAGUGAUUUUUAUUCUUAAUUGUCAUUUACAAUUUUUCUUUUUUAGGAUUUAAUUUUAUAGGUAGCGUUGUUUUUUGUUUGUUUGUUUGAAGGCAUCCACCCACACCCCAAUGGUGAAUAAAAGAACGUAGUCUUACUCUUCUUUCUUUCUUUUUAUGUAAAUGGAAUUGAAUUGAGCUUUGUUUCGCUUUGAUUUCUCUUUUUGAGGUAUAUAAUUUGUCACCUUUUUUCUUU